GAGAGAGAGAGAGAGAGAGCAAAUGAGCCAGAGACAGAGCUCUCUUAGCAUCCGCUGUCGAGUCCGUUCGCGGCAGAGAAUAGCGGUCUUAUGGGACAGAGAUGGGAGAGGUGUGCCGUUUCUUUAUCAGCCUAUGACACUGACACAGCGGCCAGGAUGGAUCUAACCACCCGGAAAAUGAUGCUUCUGAUCGGUCUCAGCUGCCUCUGGCUCCAAGUGCUUUCAGAGGUGGUAGCUGAUGACAGUUAUUUAAACGAGGUGCAAAACACAGCCCCUCUCUCCUGUUCGGAGGGUUUUACAGAGCUGGGUUACUAUAAUGGCUCUGUGUCUCAGACGGACUCUGGCGCUCUCUGCCUGCGGUGGACAGAGUUUCCAGACUACGUGCUGCAGUACCCUGGCCGAGGCCUUGGGGAGCACAGCUACUGCCGUAACCCUGACAGAGAGUCCAACCCCUGGUGCUUCUUCAGGCAGACCUCUGGGGCCAUCGGCUGGUCUUACUGCGACUGCCACCAGGGUGCAGCUCGGCUGGUAGGCGGGACAUCGUCAGGAAGUGGACGUGUGGAGGUGUACCUGAAUGGCCAGUGGGGGGCAGUGUGUGACUCUCAUUGGACAGACAGAGAUGCCAGUGUGAUCUGCAGACAGCUGGGACUGGGUGAGAUCGGCACAGCGUUGCAGCACUCCCGGUUUGGCUCGGGCUCCGGUCUCUUCCACUAUGAGCGGCUGGGUUGCCGUGGUGAUGAGAGCUCCAUCAGCCAAUGCCGGAGCAGGACAUUUGUUACCGGGGAUUGUAGCCAUGGAAACGAGGCAGGAGUGGUGUGUGCUCCACCAGAAGGCAGUGGUCCUCCUCUACGAUUGGUUGGAGGAGAGGAAGACUUUGAGGGGCGUGUUGAAGUGUUCCAUGGCGGUAGGUGGGGCUCUGUCUGCGAUGACCAAUGGGACGACAGAGAUGCAGAGGUGGUCUGUCGACAGCUGGGCUUUGGGGGUGUGGCGAAAGCCUGGUCAUGGGCCCACUUCGGACAGGGCUCAGGUCCCAUUCAAUUGGAUGCCGUAAGGUGUACAGGAAAUGAACUCUUCUUGGACCAGUGUCUUCAUGGAGACUGGGAACAACACAACUGUGACCAUAUGGAAGAUGCUGGGGUGUCCUGCAGCCCCUACACAGACGGUGUGGUCCGGUUGGUAGGAGGAGACAGUCUUUGGGAGGGUCGUGUGGAGGUGUUCCACUCUGGGGACUGGGGUACGGUGUGCGACGACCACUGGACUCAACAACACGCACAGGUGGUCUGUCGACAGCUCGGAUACAGGGGCCAUGCUGACGUCAUGGCUGACAGAACGUUUGGCGAGGGUUCCGGGCUCAUCCUAUUGGACGACGUUCGUUGUGAGGGGACGGAGUCAUCCCUGCUGGACUGUCACCAUGGCAUAUGGGGCCGUAGCGACUGUUCCCAUGGAGAGGACGUGGGCGUCCGUUGCAGAGCCGGAGCUAAAGAAGAAGAGACCAAUGAGGUCCCGGCUGUUGCACCUGCCACAGGUCCCCUGGUGCGUCUGGUAGGGGGUGGUAGCCAUAAGGAAGGUCGUGUGGAAGUGUAUCUCCAUGGAGACUGGGGAAGUAUCUGUGACUCAGGCUGGAGCAACCUGAACGCCGCCGUGGUCUGCAGACAGCUGGGCCACAGUGGUCAUGCGGUAGUGGUGGGUGGGUUCGGUCGGGGAAAGGGUCCCGUCCACCUGGACCAGGUGAGGUGUAGGGGGAAGGAGGACUUCCUGGGGGAGUGUCCAUCUCUGGGCCGGAGCCCUGAGGGCUGCAGACAGAGAGAGGAUGCAGCGGUGAGCUGUGACCCCGCCCCCCAGGCAACAGAGGGCCAAGUCAGGCCAAGUGAGCGCACCUGUGGAGUGAGGAAGGUUGUGGAGGAAGGGAACGAGAGGAAGAGUGGAGUGGGAGGAGGAGGAGAGAAUAUACUCGGCGCGUCGUGGCCGUGGCAGGUGUCAGUGUGGUUGGGUUCUGAGGGGAAAGAUGGCCAUCCUAUUUGCAGCGGAACUCUGAUCUCUCCCUGCUGGGCCCUCGCCUCCGCUCACUGCUUCACCAGGUUUGGUAUUGACCCGUCCCACUACGUUGUGCGCGUGGGGGGUUCUGACCGAACUCUGACCCUGGAGAAAGUGGUGGUCCACAGGAAGUUCAGGUCAGAUCAGGGCCCUGGGGGUCAUGACCUGGCCCUGCUGAGGGUGCCCAGCCCCAAGGGUCACUGUUUGACUUUUGACCCCGACACCAAUGCUGCCUGCCUCCCCAUCCCGGAAACUGCGAGUGGCAAGACCCCCUCUUCCUGCAUCGCUGCGGUUACCGCAGGCUGGGACGGCCCAGAUGCUGUGCUACAGUCCUGGGUACCCCUCCUGUCAUCAUGGCAGUGUAAGAAGCGUUAUGGGGAUGGUUACUCUUCCCACGGCACGCUAUGUGCCGGCAGCCCCCCUGACACACGCCGUCUCCACAAGAACAACGGUUGCCAAGGCAACUGGGGUGGCGGGCUGGUGUGCCAGGGAGAUGAGGGGCGGUGGGUGUUGACCGGGAUUGUCUCCGGGGGUUACGGUUGCAGCGACCCCUCAACCCCGGCACUCUACACACGGGUCGGCCGGUUCCGGCGCUGGAUCGAGGAGGUCACACAGCGGGAGCGGAACACACACAGUCAGGAGCACGAGGAGCUCACACACACGGAGGACCGGAGCAUACUCGCAUACGUUUAUGACAAGCUGCAACACACACACUCCCAAGAGCAGAGCACACACACUGAUGAUCAAUUCAUACAUACACAGCACAACAAUAUUCAUACACACGAUCACAAUGAGCAUAAACACACUCACACUCACAAUCUGCAAAGCAACACUCGCAAUGAGCUCAAACACACACACAAUCAGCAUGCACAUACACACACUCACGAUAAACACUCCCAGACCCGCGAAGCUGUCACUCACACACCCGCCCUGGUCUGAUCGAUGACACGCCAUUGGCUCACCGGCCGUGCCAUGUGACUUUCCGAGGAAGAGGAGGAAGAAUGGAUGAUAAAGGAGGAAGAGGAGGAGGACAUGUUGGAAAAGAAGGAGGGGGAGAAAGAGGAAAAGACAUCAGAGAUCCUCCUCUCCCUCUGCCUCCUGACCCAGACGAUGUAAACCUCUAAUAUUCAUGUCAACUCUGUCUGAUUAUCAUCAUAACUUAGCUGUGGUGUGUGUGUUACGCUAGCUGUGGGGUGUGUAUGUUACGCUAUCUCUGGUGUGUUUGUGUAACGCCAGCUGUGAUGUGUGUGUGUUACACUAGCUGUGGGGUGUGUGUGUGUUACGCUAGCUGUUUGGUGUGUGUGUUACGCUAGCUGCGGGGUGUGUGUGUAGCGCUAGCUGUGGGUUGUGUGUGUAACGCUAGCUGUGGUGUGUGUGUGUGUUACUCCAGCUGUGGGGUGUGUGUUACGCUAGCUGUGGAGUGUGUGUGUUACGCUAGCUAUGGGUUUUGUGUGUGUUACGCUAGCUGUGGGUUGUGUGUGUGUUAUGCUAGCUGUGGUGUGUGUGUGUUAUGCUAGCUGUGGAGUGUGUGUGUGUUUGUGUGAGUGUAACGCUAGCUGUGGGGUGUGUGUGUUACUCUAGCUGUUACUCUAGCUGUGGUGCGUGUGUGUUUGUGUGUGUGUUACGCUAGCUGUGGGGUGUAUGUUACACUAGCUGUGGUGUGUGUGUGUUACGCUAGCUAUGGGGUGUUUGUGUUACGCUAGCUGUGGGGUGUGUGUUACGCUAGCUGUGGGUUGUGUAUGUGUUACACUAGCUGUGGGGUGUGUGUGUGUUACACUAGCUGUGUGUGUGUUAUGCUAGCUGUGGUUUGUGUGUGUGUUCCGCUAGCUGUGGGGUGUGUGUGUUUGUGUGAGUGUUAUGCUAGCUGUGGGGUGUGUGUGUUAUGCUAGCUGUGGUGUGUGUAUGUUAAGCUGGCUGUGUGGUGUGUGUCACGUUAGCUCUGGGUUUUGUGUGUGUUACGUUAGCUGUGGGGUGUGUGUGUUGUGCUAGCUGUGGGAUGUGUGUGUGUUACGCUAGCUGUGGGGUGUGUGUGUGUUACGCUAGCUGUGGAGUGUGUGUAUGUUAAGCUAGCUGUGGGGUGUGUGUGUUACGCUAGCUGUGUGGUGUUUGUGUGUUAUGCUAGCUGUGUGGUGUGUGUGUUACGCUAGCUGUGUGGUGUUUGUUUGUUACGCUAGCUGUGGUGUGUGUGUGUGUUACGCUUGCUUUCGGGGUGUGUAUUUAACACUAGCUGUGGUGUGUGUGUGUUAUGCUAGUUGUGGGGUGUGUGUGUUUAUGUGAGUGUUACGCUAGCUGUGGGGUGUGUGUGUGUUACUCUAGCUGUGGUGUGUGUGUGUUAUGCUAGCUGUGGUGUGUGUGUGUUUUGCUAGCUGUUUGGUGUGAGUAUGUUAAGCUGACUGUGGGGUGUGUGUAUUACGCUAGCUGUGGGGUGUGUAUGUUAUGCUAGCUGUGGGGUGUGUGUGUUAUGCUAGCUGUGGGUUUUGUGUGUGUAUUACCCUAGCUGUGGGUUGUGUGUGUGUUACGCUAGCUGUGGGGUGGGUGUGUGUGUGUGUUAUGUUAGCUGUGGGGUGUGUGUGUGAUAUGCUAGCUGUGUGUGUGUGUGUUACACUAGCUGUGGGGUGUGUUUGUUACACUCGCUGUGGUGUGAGUGUGUGUGUUACGUUAGCUGUGGGUGUGUGUUAUGUUAACUGUGGGGUGUGUUACGCUAGCUGUGAGGUUUGUGUGUUACACUAGCUGUGGUUUGUGUGUGUUAAGCUAGCUGUGAUGUGGGUGUGUGUGUUAUGUUAGCUCUGGGUUGUGUGUGUGUUACGCUAGCUGUGGGGUGUGUGUAUUACGCUAGCUGUGGGGUGUGUAUGUUAUGCUAGCUGUGGGGUGUGUGUGUUAUGCUAGCUGUGGGUUGUGUGUGUGUAUUACCCUAGCUGUGGGUUGUGUGUGUGUUACGCUAGCUGUGGGGUGGGUGUGUGUGUGUGUUAUGUUAGCUGUGGGGUGUGUGUGUGAUAUGCUAGCUGUGUGUGUGUGUGUUACACUAGCUGUGGGGUGUGUUUGUUACACUCGCUGUGGUGUGAGUGUGUGUGUUACGUUAGCUGUGGGGUGUGUGUUAUGUUAACUGUGGGGUGUGUUACGCUAGCUGUGGGGUGUGUGUGUGUUACACUAGCUGUGGUUUGUGUGUGUUAAGCUAGCUGUGGGGUGUGUGUGUUAAGCUAGCUGUGGGGUGUGUGUGUUAAGCUAGCUGUGGGGUGUGUUUGUUAUGCUAGCUGUGGUGUGGGUGUGUGUGUUAUGUUAGCUGUGGGGUGUGUGUGUGAUAUGCUAGCUGUGGGGGUGUGUGUGUUACACGAGC